GGUAAUAUAUUCUUACAUGCUGUUAUUUCACCUUUUUUUUUUCUUGAGCUGAUCAUACAUGUAUCUGCCAGCUGGCCUACUUUUAUUCUCUGUAGUAGAGAUGACUAAAGAUGCAGUAAUAAUUGGAGGACUAGUAGUAACACUACCUAGUAGUGAGAUCACAUGCUUUUUUACCGAACUCUUAAUGGCAAAUCCGGAGUUGUCCCCACCACCUUCCCCGGUUAAAGGGUGCCUUCCUGCAGUCAAAGCUGGAGGCAUGAGAGUUUUUAAGAAGCUAGAAAAUGCACCAGUUGAAAGAAGUUCUAAAUUCGCUGGAAAAGAGAAAACUAGCUCUGCUCCAGUCAUAAAAGUACAGAGCAUCUUACUGACAGACACCUUUCAGAAAUUGAGGUAUACAUUUCCAGCUGCCGAAGCACAAGAAGCAUAUGAGAAGCCCUGACCUACUCUGGAAAAAAUUGUAUUGCUCAAACGAACGUGCAUUAUUCAACAGCCACAGAAAUGUUAAACGUGUAGAAUAAAAUAUUCAUAUAUUUGACAGACUUGCACUUAACAAAAACACCAAUUAGCUAGGCAAGCAGUAAAUAGACCAAAUCACUCAGGCAUUUUGUUUUUUUCACAAUAAAAACUCUAUCUUCACAGAAAAAAAGAUGCAGUAAUAAUUGGAAGUUUAAAGGUGAAGUUAGAAAAAUAACUGAACACCUCUGCCAUCUCUUAAUUGUUUCCGAAAUCUUGGGAAGUCAGAAUUUAUAACUACUAUUCCGUGGUAACAGAAACAUUUCUGGAAAAAUUCACCAGGUUGUUUUCAAAAAGGAUUGGAUUCAUAUUGUAUAACUUUCAUUUUCUAGGACCUGCCUCCUCCAAACCCCACACUAUGGGGUGUGCUUUGAAAGUAAUUACUUUAUCUGGUUUUCAUUUUGAAAUCCUGAGUUACUGCGCAGAAAUAAACAACUUUGUGAUAUCAAAAAGCAGGUCGAUCCUGCCACAGCUUUACCAUUGUAUCUUCCUGUUCACUGAUGAACUUACAACCAUUUUGCUUUACUUCAUUAUAUCUACUUGUCCAAGGAGAUAAGUGGGAAUCCAGCUGUUUACUGGAUGAUCCAUAGCAAUUCACCUAGUUUUGUUAAAAGAUAGAUAGCAGAAGAAAGCAAAUAAUUUUGAGAUUAAAACACCCUAAGAUUUCUUUCAAAUUCACUAAGUAUACCUGACUCAAAAACUAUUUAAUUUGACCACUGUUUCAGAGUUGAAUUAGCCUGUUCUGAGUUUGGAAUUUUUGUGGUAAAAUUGGAAAAGGUGUGUAAAGGUCAUGAGGUUUUCCUGACUGGAUAGUUAUACUCUUCUUUCUUAUAUCUACAAUUUUCAAAUAAAUCCUUUUUUUAGAAUUUUUAACUGCUUUUCACUCCUUAGAUAAUAGAUAUCCAGUAUACAAGACACCUGGAUUUAUUAAUAGGCCAAAGGAUAAUUUUAUUUUUAUU